AUGAAUGCUGUUGGAUGGCGGAGAAUUCUAGUAUCCAAAAAUUUUGGAAAGACGGGUGAGGAACUGAAAACAGCUUUAGCAAAAUUCACACGCAUACUGUGCACAAGAGAUAUCAACAAAGGCUCGAUUGAAGCAUUUGUUUCCUGUCGCUUGGUCCCUCUUGACAAGAAUCCUGGAGUUCGACCAAUCGGUAUUGGAGAAGUAUUGAGAAGGAUCAUUGGAAAAUCAAUUAUCCGUGUCAUUAAGCCUGAUAUACUCGAGAGUGGAGGAUCUCUACAGUUAUGCACUGGAUUACCUUCAGGCUGCGAGGCUGCUGUACAUGCAAUGAAAGAUAUAUUUGAAGAGGAAGAAACUGAUGGCCUGCUUCUAGUGGAUGCAUCAAAUGCCUUUAAUAGCUUAAAUAGAGAGGCACUAUUGCAUAACAUAAAAUAUAUAUGUCCUCCAAUGGCUCAAUAUGUAAAUAACUGCUAUGGAAAACCAUCUCGUCUCUUUAUCACAGGAGGUAAAGAAAUACCAUCUGCCGAAGGAACGACCCAAGGCGAUCCAUUUGCUAUGCCUGUUUAUGCAAUUGGAGUUAUGCCACUUCUAUCAUUGAUAAAAUCAGCUGAAAGCAAGGUAAAGCAUGCAGCUUAUGCAGAUGAUCUUGGUGGUGCAGGGACGUUACUUCACUUAAAAUCGUGGUGGGAAAAUGUUCUGCACUAUGGUCCUUUGAUUGGUUAUCAUCCCAAUGCAUCAAAAUCAUGGUUGGUAGUGAAAGAAGAGAACUAUGAGCAAGCUUGCAAGAUCUUUGGCAACACUCAGAUCAAUAUCACAACAUCAGGACGAAAAUACUUGGGUUCAUAUAUAGGGACGGCCAAUGAUAAAUCAGAAUAUGCAAACAAAGUAGUGAAUGGCUGGAUUGAAGAGUUAAAAGUACUAUGUAGAAUAGCACGCUCAGAGCCGCAUGCAGCAUACACUUGUUUUGUUAGUGGAUUUCGUCAUAGAAUAACUUAUUUAACUAUAGUCAUCCCUGAUUUUUGCAAAGCACUUAAACUGCUCGAUGCUUACAUAAAUGAACAGUUUUUACCGGUGCUAACUGAAGGCUAUCACUGCUCCGAAAUUGAGCGAAAACUAAUCAGUCUUCCGGUACGUCUUGGAGGACUUGGCAUACCGAUAUUUUCUGAGAUAGCUCAUCAAGAAUAUGCUUUUUCAAAGAGAGUGACCAGUCAGUUAUCAAUAAAUAUCAAGCAACAAGCAACUGAAUUAAGGCUUAACAACAAUGAAAUGAAGAAAACGAAGAUUGAAAUUGCCCAUGAAAGAACAAAAUCGCAUGAGGAGAAACUUGCACUGCUAAGAGAAUCUAUGGCACUCGAUCAACGCAAAGCAAACGAGCUGUCUUGUAUGAAAGGUGCGUCUUCAUGGCUCACUUCUCUUCCUUUGAAGGCUGAAAAUUUUGUUCUCAACAAGCGUGAAUUCCACGACGCAAUCCGAUUAAGAUAUAGAUGGCAUCUAAAGUUCAUGCCAACUAUUUGUGUAUGCGGAAAACACUUUUCCGUUGACCAUGCGAUGUCUUGUCAAAAAGGUGGAUACAUUCAUCAUCGACACAAUGAAGUACGUGAUCUACUCGGCAAGUUAGCAACAGAAAUUUCAAAUGAUGUUAGAAUUGAGCCACCUCUACAACAUCUCAGUGGUGAAAAUCUCCCAAGAAAUUCCAACAUAUCAGAAGAGGCAAGGCUUGACAUCAGCAUACGUGGCUUCUGGCAGAAGGAACAAAGUGCAUUUUUUGAUGUAAGGGUAUUCAACCCAUUCGCACCGUCAUACAGAAACCAGAAACUAAACAACACUUUUGCAGGGAAUGAAAGAGAGAAGAAACGCGCGUACAGUCAAAGAGUUUUACAAGUUGAGCAUGGUUCUUUUACGCCAUUGAUUUUCGCUCACAGUGGUGGUUCAAGUAGAGAAACUGAAAAGUUUAUAUCGGUUUUAUCAACGAAGAUAUCAGAGAAACGUGAUCUCUCAAUUUCACUGGUUACCAAUUGGAUUCGUACCAAGCUGUCAUUUGCACUACUUCGAAGUGCCAUACUGUGCAUACGCGGUUCCAGAAAUAGGCAAACAAAAGUUCAAGUGGACACAGCCAACAUAGAAAUUGUACAAACAAUAUCCCGGAUUGAUUAG